AACGACGUUUUUUUAUAAACACCACAACUGUCAUUUUUUUAACCAAAACUCCGUCGUUCUAGUUUCAUCCAAUUUAUUCCAAGUGCUCCCGAUAGCUGUUCUUUUUCCCCUUAACAAAAUUUCCCCCAUUCCAUCUCUUCUCCUUUAAUCCCUAAAUUUUCAUCCCCAAGUUCCCAACCCAUUUGCCACCGAAGAUGCCGACCGGACCAUCUGGUGCAUCGCCCUUGACUAACCUCUCUGCUGUGUCGCCGUCGCCGUCGGUCUCUACUCUUAAAAAAUAACUUUUGCUUACCCGCUCAUUACUCCCUCUUCUUCUUAUCUAUGUCACUCGGUGUAGCGUUGUUUAUACGUUUGGUUGUUUUUGAAGAAGUGCUACUACCAUGGCUACAAAGAAGAGCAUUGGGGACUUGAAGGAAGCUGAUUUGAAGGGAAAGAAAGUAUUUGAUGGGUCAUGGCUCUAAAGUCAUCCUCUCUAGUCAUUUGGGACCGAGCUUGGUUAUCGAGAAGUUUUGCUCCUGAGUUUCGGUCUUGUAGCUUUAGCACUAGCCAGUGUCAUCUCAAAUCUUGAUAUGGAAAUGGACCCUAAAACAGGAGAUUACAAAGCACUAACUGAAUUGCUUCCCCUGAUCUUGGUCACACUUGCACUUGUUAUAUUAAUCUUCCCAUUAAACAUCCAAUACCAUUCAAGUCGCUUAUUUUUUCUCACAACUCUGUUCCACUGUAUUUGUGCACCUCUUUACAAGGUCAAAUUCCAAGAUUUCUUCUUGGCAGAUCAGUUAACUAGUCAGGUGCAAGCCUUGAGAAGCCUGCAAUUCUAUAUCUGCUAUUAUGGUUGGGGAGACUAUAAACAUAGACAGAACACUUGCAAAAUGAACGAUGCUUUCAACACUUUCUACUUAGUUGUUGUAGUAGUUCCAUAUUGUUCCAGUUUACUUCAGGAUUGCUUACAGCCUGAAUGCAGGAACUGGGUGGAGAAUUGUAGCUUGGAUCUGUUCAGCCACAACAGCUAUCUAUGGUACGAAUUGGGACCUUGUUGUCGACUGGGGGCUUCUUCAACGCCGCUCUAAAAAUCGUUGGUUGAGAGAUAAAUUGCUUAUCCCUUACAAAUGUGUAUAUUUUGGGGACAUUGUAAGAAGAAAAACAUGUGCUUCUAAUUGAUAAUGAGACUUUGUAGCAUUGAGUAUGUUAAGCUUCUCUUUUACACUUGAUAUGGAUGGUGGGGAGUUUAUUGUUCCUGUUCCAUACGUAAAGCAAGUAAAGGAAUUGGAGAGAAGAAGAGAAGAACAUGAAGAAUUGUUCUUGGCAGAAAGGGUAUGAGAGAAUAUAGGUGAUUAAGUCAAAUGGAGAAAGGGACAUCAUGUCCUUGUUGUGUGCAAGUGUUUUCUCCCUGAGACAGGCAAGGAACCUGACAUCAAGAAUGGUUCAACUUAAAGAUGCUUCCUUGUACUCAUUCUCAUCCUCUUUAUAUUUUCCAAUGCUUUCUUCAAGUAGGAUACUAAGAAUUUCCUGUACUAUUCUUUCUGAUUGCUUAUAAAAUAGUUUGCUCAUUAGAACCUUCAUUUUCUCUUGUCUUUUCUUUAUUUGUAUAAAUCAUUUUUCUUUGUUUAGUAACACAAUGAAUCUUUGAACAUAAUUUCUGUUGAGUUAUAUAUAAAUGAUUUUUAAAAA